AUGAGGUUUCAGUGUAAAAUAUGUGGAAAAGGAGUCAUUGAUGCCCAGAGACUACGAAGACACGAGCUUACUCACACAAAGAAACAUAAAUGUCCCUAUGAUGACUGCAAUGAAGCCUUCUACCACCACAUAUCGUACAAGCACCACAUUGAGUCAGUACACGAAAAAGUUACUGUCUGUGAUGUUUGCAACCGAAGGUUUCAAAACAAGGUGUUGCUUGCCAAGCAUAAGCUAAAAGAGCAUGGAGAAGGACAGACCUUCACUUGCAGUCACCCAGGCUGCUUUUCUACUUUCGUGGCCGAGAGAAGUCUCAAAGACCACGUAAGAAAGGAACAUCAGAAGCUGAAUAAUUCUGCUGAUUCCGAUUCUACGCUGGCGAUGAAUAACAAUGACAAGGUGCCUCCUACGGUCGAAAAUGAGGUAUCGAAGGGUGAUGCUAAUGGAUCUCAUGAAAAAGUUGAAAGCACCUCAAUCGACAAAAGGGUGAAGGAGGCUGCCAUUGAUGUUGGAGAAUUAAGCGGCGCCUCAAUCAUCAGCUUAAUGCUGGGCAAUUUUAAAGAAAAAUAUAAAUGUCCUCGACCAGGAUGUGGGAGAUUGUUCGAGAGAAAACACGCGUAUGAAAAACACUUGGAAAAACAUGAAAAGGAACGGGAACGGGCGGAAAAGAAAUUGCUUGAGUUGGAAAUGGAAGAGCAGUUGGCAGAAGAUUUCGAUGAGGUCAAAGAAAAUCUGGAUCAUUUCUCUGACUUGGAUGAGUCGGAUCUAAUAGACAAUGAAUCAGCGCAAGAGAAUUUAUCCGAUUCUGAUAGCUCUUUGGCCGAGGAAAUCGAUGAAAGGCAAAAUGAGCUCGACAUGCUCAUAGCGGAACAGAUGCAAGGUAUUUAA